UAUAUAUAAAUAAAAAAACACACACACAGCAGCAAAAUGUCAUUUAAAGACUUUUUGAGCUCCAAAAGUAAAUUAUGCAAAGAGGAUAAAGAGUUUUAUGAGUUGAAGAACAAAGCAGCGGAGUUUUACCGAGCAAACGGCAUGCCUCAGAAGCUAGAAACUGUCCUCAAUGAGAUGUUUUUUGCCAAGCCGAAUGAUCUGUAUGGAUCUCUGGCAAACUACUUCUCCAGCUUUUCACACACACCCGUGAUUAGUGCAGUGGUGGGCAGGGAGGUGUAUGAUGGCAGGGCGGAAGCGGCCUUACAGGUGGAUGUUUACUGCAUCGUCAGGAAUGAGGAGAAGUUUGUCGGUAAUGCAGUCGUUACUGGUGUGUAUGGCGAUGACACGGAGACAGGGACUGUGGUCGCCAAUGGUAACCAACAUCAAGCGUCUGUAAGGGUGGCGAUGGAGUGGAUCAAAGAUAAGCUGAACUCUAUGUUGCAUGGGUUUAACCCCGCCCACCAAAUACACCUGGACAAACUGCUUAGUGAUUUCUACAUGGCCCGUUAUCUUGAGGACCAAGAUGUUCGUAACAGUGAAGAGAAAGUUGAAGAAGAGGAGAAGACUGAAACAACACCUGAAAGCACGAUGCCUCACGUACCUGAAUCAGGCAAAAACAAGAAGGGUGGAGAGAAAGGUAAGAAAGGCGGCGCCCCCGAGAAGCCACUCCCUCCUCCCGAGAAGCCGGAGCCCGUGUUGCCGGGGGCGAUGGUAGUGGGCGCUCUGUCGAUGGCAGCAGCCAAAUCUGCAGCGAGUCUCACAUCCAUGCCCCUGUAUAAACACAUCCUCAACUUCAGAGACCCACAGGCUCUAAAAGUGUUCAUGCCCGUGCCGCUGGUGUCGGUGUUAAGUUCUGGAAAAGCGUCAACUGGAAAGCUCAACCUGCUUGAGGAGGUCAUCCUGCUGCCGACUGUACCACGCAAAAUCAGAGAGAUCAUUGAGAUGUGCCGUGAUGUUCAGAGAGAGAUAAAGAGAAUAGCUGCUGCUACAGUGGGGAAGUCAGGGCCUCUGUUAGCGGGGGUUUCAGAAGGUGGCGCUAUUCAGCUCGGGGUGGAAAACGCAGAACAAGCCCUGGAUCUGUUGAUGGAGGCGUGCUCGAACCUUGGCCUGCCGAUCGGCACAGAGCUCCGGCUGGUGAUAAACUGCGCUGCUCAUUUACUCAUCGACUAUUCCAAAGGAAAGUAUGAGGUGAUGACAGGGACUCUGAAGUCUCCGGAUGAGCUGGUGGACAUGUUUGUGGGUCUGAUCAGUAAAUAUCCAGCUAUCAUGGCCCUUAUUGACCCCUUCAGGAAAGAGGAUGUGGAAGAAUGGCAGAAGCUGAGCUCUCUUAUUGGCCAGUCUUGCUGCCUAAUCGCAGAUGCAGCGUACAGGCACCGCCCUCGCUGGAAGGAGGCCAAGCCCCUCCCCCCAGGAGUCACAUGGGUCACAUUUAGGCACAGAAAUGAGAUGACGCUCACUGAUCUCCUAAAUGUUGUUACAGAACAUACAGAAGGAGAGGCCAUUCUAGCCGUGAGCAGUGAGGAGAUUGGUGAUGAGUCUAUCAUAGAUGUGGCUGUAGGCCUGGGUGUAUCAUUUAUUAAACUGGGUGGGCUGGCUGGAGGGGGAAGGAUGAACAAGUACAACCGUUUGCACCGGAUAGAGCAGGAGCUGGAGGAACAGGGCAUUCUGGUAGGGAUGCGGGAGGUGAAGCUGCCAAGCAUCAGCAAUCCCGAGGAGGAGGAGGAGAAGAAGAAGGAGGAGGAGUUAAAGGAAACGGAACAAGUGACCGGAUAACGCAGACCAAGUUCCAACUUCAUCAACAUGCUGUAAGAAAUUCAUUUAUCGUGGAUUGUUUUUGUGUGCCAAUUUUAAUUAGCCGUUUAAAUAUGUAAUUUGAAAUGUAAUACAUUGUUAUUCACAGUAUAAAUGUGUAAUACAACAUGAAAAAAAAUCAUUCUGUAAUUUUAUCAUCACACACAACAUUCAGGGUCCUUCUCUUCAAAAUACACACUGCCGGGCCAAAAACUAAAGUCGCCAUUUCAGAAAGGGGCCAAUUAUUGGGCUGAACUAUCAGCUUUGUGGAAGAAAUGUGGUCGGAAAUAAAUCAUAAAUGGAGAUGACCUAAACACUUGGUGAAGUUGCAUGAUAAAAAAAAUCAACAGUAAAAAUUAAUGAUGUGUUUAAUAGUGAAUAGUGAAAGCAUUUCCAAACACACACACAACAAUGUGAUACGAACCUACUGGAUUGGGACUAAACAGCUGUGUCUCCAUAAGAAAACCACUUGUUGGUGAAACUCAUCAGAGAAAAAGGCUUCAGUUUUCUACAGAGCAUAAAGAUCAGACUUUGGAGCGAUGGAAAAAGGUCAUGUGACCUAAAGAGUCCAGAUUAAGCCUAUUCCAGAGUGAUGGGCGUGUCAGGGUAAGAAGGGAAGCGCAUGAAGCGAUGCUCCCAUCAGCUGACCAUCUGAAUGUACUGAAUGACCAGGAAUAUGAAUUAUUUUUUAUACAUGAACUGGACACCACAGUGUGUGUGUG